UUCAUAGGCAAUACGACUUCAAUUACUUCAUGUGCUUGCUUCACCAUCAGCUCCUGACCAAGUCACUUGGACUGUUGUGUGCUAUGGUCAACCUCAUACCUCGUACAAAUAACAAGUUACCUGUACUUGCAGUGGAACGCCACACCGCCCUGGCGAGGGAAGAUCCGCUCUCCGUCGGCUUGCUUGUCCAUCUUCCAACAACAUCCUUCAUCUUUCAUCAUUCAUCAUUGAUUUUCUUGGAGCCGAGUUGACCCUACGUCUUUCCUUGGAGCUCAAGCUUCCGUAUACCUGUUUCCCCUUCAAUUUCCUCAUUCGCUGGUGUCCUUAACUCCCUUCAGCCUCCUUGAAACCUGUAGCCAUUAUCUAUCUCCUACCUUGUCUGCCCAGGCGCCUAUCUGGACCCCCCCCGUCUCUUAUCGUGGCACUGAGCUAGUCUUCCUUCAUCAACCACCUCCACCACCACCAGCUCCGUCAUGACGGACGAGGCAGCCAGGCCUCUGUUGGACGGUAAUUCUAGGCCGGGCUCACUUCAUCCAGUUCCUUCACCCAAGGAUGGAAAGACACCUUCUCUCACUUAUCAGGAGCCUCGACCGUAUGAAUUGUCCGAUGAAUCCGCUCCGCUUCUAGUCCGUCGGGAUGACGAUGAGUUUCUGGGGUACGGCGGGACCGACCCCAGACAACGACGUGCUUCCGAUCUCUCGCGCCGCUCCCUCUCCUCGGACCCCUCCCUGAAGAAACGACGGGGCAAAAUUCGAUGGCCCAUUUUCUGCGCCGUGAUCUCAAUCCUUGCGGUCGCUGCAAUACUGGUCUUUGCUUUUAUUGCCCCAGCAGCUGUAAAGGAGUACGUGAAAGAUGCAACGGUCUUCAACCCCACCAAUGUGUCAAUUGAAUCGACGACCGCUACGGGAGUCCGUGCUCGUGUACAAGGGAACCUGAUCAUUGAUGCACAGCGCAUCAAAAAGAGACCAGUACGGGAUCUAGGUCGUUUCGUCACCUGGAUUGGAAGAGAGGUCGAGACCGGAGAGGCCGAGGUGGAAGUAAAUCUACCCGAGUACGGCAAUGUCCUCGUCGGUACCGCCUCUCUGCCCCCACUCAACAUCAAUAUCCAGAACGGCCAUGUCAAUCAUGUCGAUUUCAUUGCAGAUCUGGUGGCAGGCGAUGUGGAAGGCGUUCGCUCACUAGCCCUGGACUGGCUAGACGGCAGACUCGGCCACGUUCGUGUAGAUGGCAGAGCAACAAUGCAUCUCCAAACCGGCUUGUUGGAUUUGGGCACACAGACGAUCACUGACACGAUCGUCUUGCAAGAGGGCGACUUUCCCCCGGUGCCCACGGUCAACGUGACCGGUCUUAACGUUCAUGAUGCGGACACCCCUGGAGAUGAAGGAGCAAUGGUCGUGGACGCGUCCGUUGCUGCUAUGAUCCAAUCCCCUUUCUCCCUUAGCAUCCCUCCACUUGGUUUCACAGUCCUGGUGCCCAACUGCUCUCCAGGGGACCCAUACAUCACAGUGGCCGGUGCCAUGACCGAGGGAUUCCCGGUCACUCCCGGCAAAACAACACUGAUUAAUGUCAGCGCCCUGAUUCGAGGUCUUUCGGACGACUUGACGAAAAGUUGCCCAGGAGAAAAGAGCUCGCCGCUUGACUUCCUUGUCAAAAGUUACGUUCAUGGCCGUGGAACAACUGUCUACGUCCGUGGAGCCGAUGCGCCCUCCUUGGAUACUCCAGACUGGAUUGUGGACAUACUAAAAAGUGUGACGGUACCGUUCCAGUUUACUGGCCAUACCUUGGAUAACCUUGUCCGCAAUUUCACCAUGUCGGAUGUGCACUUCAGCUUGCCUGACCCUCUGGCAGAGCCGGACUCGCCUGAAUCCCGUCCAACAGUCUCUGCUCUGGUGAAGGUCUUGAUAGGGCUACCGAAGGAGGUUGGACUCGAAUUCGAUGUGCCCCGGGUCCGGGCCAAUGCUGAUGUGCUCUAUCUCAACCGCAAGGUUGGAGUCUUGGAUCUCAACAAGUGGCAGCCGGCCAACUCAACCUUGCUUGAAGAUGUCGACGGUACCCCGGCAGUGCUGGUUGACUUUGCCAUCAAAAACGCCCCGCUGAGGGUUACUGACGAUAAUGUUCUCACGGACCUUCUCCAAGAUCUCAUCUUUUCUGGUAAAAUUAUCAAGCUGAACGUGACAGCCAAUGUAGACGCGGAAGUAUCCACGGGACUCGGCAUCCUGACGGUCCGCGAGAUACCAGCUGAAGGAGAGGUUAUCGUCAAGCCCCCGUACGGUGGCUCACUCGAUGAAUUCAAGCCACAGAUUGAGUCGCUCAAAUUAAGCGACACGACUGCGUCUUCACUACUCGUGGAAACGAAAGUCAAUGUUACGAAUCCUACGCCGUAUGCUGCUGCAAUACCCCUGAUAGAUUUCGUAAUGCUCUUCAAUGGCUCAACAGUGGCCCACUUGACGGCAAAAAACGCCAAAAUAACCCCCGGAUCAAACAGCGGUCUUCACGUGGACCUCUUAUGGAGUCCCCUCGGCUUUGAUGGCCCAUCUGGUGCCAGCGCUGGACGGGACCUGUUGUCCCAAUACAUCUCAGGCUCCAAUACUACGGUUACCAUACGGACACACGAGAAGAGUAUUCCCGCACUACCAGGGCUAGGACGGGCGCUUUCAAGAUUGAGUCUGGACGUGCAGAUUCCUCGUAUCCCUGUCCCUCGGGCACCGGGACACGAGCCUGAUGCGGGCAACGGGUCCAUGGGAUUUAUACAGGGAGCUACGAUGCACUUGUGGUCAUCGACGGCCGAGUUCACACUGUCUUCGCCGUUCCCCAACACAACAAUCGAGAUCACUUCGAUCGAUGCUCAGGCGUUCUACCAAGCAGAGAGCGAGGAGGCAGAAGUCGGCUCUAUCGACUACCGGAUUCCGUUUCCGGUCCCUCCAGGUCUAUCUGUGACUCCGCGAUUGCCAGUAGAUUUGAAGCUGGGCGGAAUUGGCUACGAUGCGUUGAGACGAGCCCUUGGCGGCUCUCUCCAGCUAGACGCCAUCGCGAAGGUUGGCGUGCAGAUCCAGCAUUAUAGGGACCGGGUGGUGUAUCAUGGCAAGGGCAUCAAAGCAAAGGUGAAGCUGUGAUACGAAUUUCCUUGGUUCAUCGGGCCAAGUCGGAGUUUGGGAUUCGGGAGUUUCUUUUCGGCAUAGAAAUUUUGGGUUGGCAUCGAUACUGGGAUGCUAUUCAGGUCGCAAAAAGAACAAGUCAAUGGCGCCUUGCCACUAGUUUACACUCAUAUCACAAGAAUAGCAACGUUC